AUGUCUACAACUUUAGACGCAUCAGGAAUGCAUUUAUUUUUUGGUGAGAAUGUAGAGGGUACCAGUGUUGGUGACGAUUUUGUGAGAUUAAUUACAAAUGAAAUUGUAGAAAUUUUAAAACUACAUGAUAAUAAAAUUGAAGGUCAAAUCGUUAAUAAUUUGCUGGAAAAUGGUCGACAAUCAUUACUCAAAUAUAAAGAUGAAAUUAUAUCGAAAACAUAUAAAGAAGUAAUGAAUGGUAAUGAUAACAAAUUGAUGAUCUCAUUAAAAAAGUAUUUUCGACAACAAUGGGAAACACAAUAUGGCGCAUCUAAUCAAUGGUUUAUUUCAUUUCUUAAACAAUAUGAAAAUGGAGAAAAUCAUGAUACAUAUGAAUGUGUUUUAAUUCGUACAGUUGAAUAUGGAAGCAUGUAUAUGAAAGAUUGUCCAAUACUAUCAAUUGUUUUACAACUUCUUUUCGAAAGUAUUGAUGAUGAUUGCUUGAAAGAAACAAAUGUAUUCGAUGAUCUGUGGUUCACAAUAACCAAUGAUGGUUUAAAAUCAAUAACAAAAUAUUCUGAUUAUAUUGUUAAAAGUGUAAUGAAUGAACAAUUAAAAAGUCAGUCAAUAUUGUUUCAAGCAUUACGUGAAUAUUAUCGUGAAAAUGUAUUUUCAUCACUAAAACAAAGCAAUAUUGUAGACAGGAAAAAUUUAUAUGAAUUAGCAUUAGAUAAUGUUGCUGUACAUGGCUGGUUGACUGAUAUGAAACCUAUCGAAGAUAACGUGUCACCGAAAUCUUAUCGAAUGUUAUUAGACAAACUUCAUUCUUUUCAUAAGAAGCAAAAACCACCACAAAAGGAAAAAUCGAAUGUGACACAAGUUCGCCCGACAAAAGUUGAUUUAAAACGAGGACCAACGUUAACCGACAACGAUACAAAAGUUAAGAGAAAGCAAGGUAAUCUGAAUCUAAUUGAUAGUUUUCCUAAAAUUUUUUCACUCAGGAUUCUGCAUGCCACUAGUAGUGAAAUGCUCUGGCUAUAA